AUGGCUAAAGUCAAUCUUCCUUCAUGGUCUUCGGAGAUAUCGCAAGCAUAUGAAGGCUUGCAAUUGACUUCAACAGCAGCAACAUGGGAGAAUAUUCUCGCUAGGUUGGCCAGAAUCGAGUCCCGAUUGCUUGAGCAUGAGCGCAGGGUAGCAGCAACGCUCCCUCCGUUGCAACCCGAACCUGAUCCACCCGACCAAACCCAGCGGUACACCUCAGCACAGCCACCUUACCCGCCCUACCAGCCACCAUAUCAGCCUGACAGAUAUCCGCCACAUAACAACCCUUGGAGCUUGCCUGACGUUGUUGAUGUUUCAACCAAUUCAGCACCGCCGACGCCGCCUGUGCCGAUUCCGGAGUCAUACCACCGUUAUAUCCAACCUGCUGCAGCUACUGUCUGGCAACCACCACAUCUUCGUUCACCAUAUUCUUGGGCCGAUAUGCCACCACAACACAUCCAGUACUCAGGCCCGGCAUAUGCAGCCUCGACAAUUGCCCCGACAACGACAACUCAAGGUCGUUCCUGCCAAAAAUAUCCCGUUGAUGUGCAGCAACCGCUGAUCCGUCCUACAAGUCCCUACUGCUCGAAACUCACGCCGUUGGCCGUCACUACUGUCCUGAUACCACCACCGCCACCGCUGACUCACGGCUCUUCAACAGCGCAGCUGCUGGCUGUUGCCCCGCCGCCACCAUCACCUGCUUUCUUCUUGCCGUGUAGCCCCGAUAGGAUUCAUACCCUAUCAAUCAUUCCCGCAGAUGCUGCCCCAUCUCAGGUAGACGAUUCCCAACAGCCCUCGCUCCUCCAUCUCCCGCGCUCAAUGAAAGAGCACAGGCCUAAGACUUGUGAAGUUCAGGUUCAAGAAAGUGACGGUGUUAACAUACACUACAAGGGAAUGCUUACUGAUGGAACAAUUUUCAAUCCCACUUUUGAACGGGGGGAUCCAAUUGAUAUCAAAUUUGGUAGUGGACAAGUAAUCAAACGAUGGCUACUAGUAUUGGGGAUGUGCUUGGGUGAGAAAAGAAAGUUGAAAAUCCCUUCCGAAUGCAAUUUUGGCGAGCAUGUGUUUGAUCCUGGAGGAUCCCUCGUCGUUGCUUCGUGGUUUUCACCUUGAGGACAAGGUGGAUUUCAACCAUGGGGGAGUUGAUACGAUUAAAUCUUCCAAUAUAUCUCCCAUAUCUCUAUUAUUAUAUUAUC